AUGGCUGCUGCUUCUUCUAGUAGUUGUAGCCGCGGCCGAGUCCUCCCAAUCAUUGCCUCCCUUGUCCCCUUCCUGCUCCUCCUCGUCGUCGUCUCGUGCCCGGCCGCCCUGGCCUCCGCGACGCACGGACACGGCGGCGGCAGGAAGCAUGCCGCCGCCGCAGCCGCGCGGGCGCACGAGGCGGUCUUCCGUGCCCGGGACGAGCGGGAGGCGUACAGGAGGAUCAUGGCGCGCAUGGCCAGGAUGGCCAAGGAUUCCAACAUGACAAUCCAGAGCCCCGACGGCGACGUCAUCCACUGCGUGCCGGCGGACCUGCAGCCGGCGUUCGACCACCCAAUGCUCAGAGGCCAGAAGCCCGAGGACGAGCCCGUGGAGAGGCCCGUACCCAAGGGCGGCGGCGGCGGCGGCGCUGCCGAUGAAGAGGACGAGGAGGAGGAGGCCGGCGUGUUCCCGCAGGCGUGGAGCGACGGCGGCAAGCGGUGCCCGGAGGGACGAUGGCCAUAUUUUGCUUGCUUGCAUGGCUGGGGCGGCGGCACGGCGACGGCGACGACGGCGCAGCACGCGGUGGGGUACGUGACGGGGGACCAAUUCUACGGCGCCAAGGCCAGCCUGAACGUGUGGUCCGCCAAGGUGGCGUCGGCGGCGGAGUUCAGCCUCUCCCAGAUCUGGGUCAUCUCCGGCUCCUUCGGCAACGACCUCAACACCAUCGAGGCCGGAUGGCAGGUGAGCCCUGAACUGUAUGGAGAUAGCAACCUGAGGUUCUUCACAUACUGGACGACCGAUGCAUACCAGGAGACUGGAUGCUACAACCUGCACUGCUCCGGCUUCGUCCAGACCAACAACCGGAUCGCCAUUGGAGCUGCCAUCUCGCCGACCUCGGUUUACAACGGUCGGCAAUUUGACAUCAGCCUGCUCAUAUGGAAGCUGGGGUCGGGCCCGCUGGUGGGGUACUGGCCGUCGCUGCUGUUCACGCACCUGGGCGGGCACGCCAACAUGGUGCAGUUCGGCGGCGAGGUGGUGAACUCGCGCCCGUCGGGGUCGCACACGUCCACGCAGAUGGGGAGCGGCCACUUCCCCCGCGAGGGCUUCAACCACGCCGCCUACUUCCGCAACGUGCAGGUGGUGGACGGCGACAACAGCCUCGUCCCCGCCGCCGCGCUCCGCCUCGUCGCCGACCACCCGGGCUGCUACGACAUCCAGGGCAACUACAACCGCGCCUGGGGCAACUACUUUACUACGGAGGGCCCGGCAGGAAUGUGCACUGUCCGUGAUCGAUCCAUAGCCGGCGACCAUGCAUCAUGCAUGGCAUGCUGA